CAGCGCCGGGGCGCUCCGGGAACGGCGCCGGGCUGGGAACGCCGACCCUCCGCGCUGCACCAUGACAGAGGAAAGCAAAGGGGAAGGCAAGGGGGAAAGCGGGAAGGACUUGGAGAAGCAGCUUCGCUUACGCGUGUGCGUCCUCAACGAGCUGCUCAAGACCGAGCGGGACUACGUGGGCACGCUGGAGUUCCUGGUGUCGGCUUUUCUUCACCGAAUGAUCCAACGUGCUGCAGCCAAAGAGGAUAAAAAUGUCACAGAAGAGACAGUUAAGAUGUUGUUUUCAAAUAUUGAAGAUAUUCUUGCAGUUCACAAAAACUUCCUGUCCCUGGUGGAGGAGUGUUUACAACCAGAACCUAAUGCACAGCAUGAAGUUGGAACCUGCUUUCUGAAUUAUAAAGAGAAAUUCCGUAUCUAUGAUGAAUACUGUAGUAACCACGAGAAGGCACAGAAAGUUCUGCUUGACCUGAACAAAAUAAGAACAGUGCGGACUUUUCUUUUGAACUGCAUGCUCCUUGGAGGACGCAAGAACACAGACGUACCAUUGGAAGGAUAUCUCGUAACUCCGAUACAGAGAAUAUGCAAGUAUCCCCUUCUUUUGAAGGAAUUACUGAAGCGGACUCCAAGGAAGCACAGUGACUAUGCGGCCCUAAUGGAAGCCCUCCAGGCAAUGAAGGCUGUCUGUUCCAACAUAAACGAAGCCAAAAGACAAAUGGAAAAAUUAGAGUUUUUGGAAGAAUGGCAGUCUCAUGUUGAAGGAUGGGAGGGGUCUAACAUUACAGACACAUGCACAGAAAUGCUGCGAAGUGGACUACUACUGAAAAUUUCAGCAGGAAAUAUCCAAGAGAGGAUAUUUUUUCUUUUUGAUAACCUCUUGGUCUACUGCAAAAAAAAGCACAGGCGAUUGAAGAACAGCAAAACAUCUACAGAUGGCCACCGUUACCUGUUUCGGGGCAGAAUAAACACAGAAGUGAUGGAAGUAGAGAAUGUAGAUGAUGGAACAGCUGACUACCACAGCAGUGGCCACACCGUCAUUAAUGGCUGGAAGAUCCACAACACGGCAAAGAAUAAGUGGUUUGUAUGCAUGGCAAAAACCCCUGAAGAGAAGCAAGAAUGGCUGGAAGCUAUUUUGAAAGAGCGAGAGAGAAGAAAAGGUUUAAAAUUGGGCAUGGAACAGGACACUUGGGUGAUGAUCUCUGAGCAAGGAGAAAGACUGUACAAAAUGAUGUGCAAACAAGGGAAUCUCAUCAAAGACAGGAAGAGGAAAUUAACCACUUUUCCCAAAUGCUUUCUUGGAAGUGAAUUUGUGUCCUGGCUGUUGGAAAUUGGAGAGAUACACAAAUCUGAAGAAGGUGUUCACCUUGGCCAAGCUUUAUUAGAGAAUGGCAUUAUCCAUCAUGUUACAGAUAAGCACCAAUUCAAACCUGAACACAUGCUAUAUAGAUUCCGAUAUGAUGAUGGAACAUACUACCCCAGAAAUGAGAUGCAGGAUGUGAUCUCUAAGGGUGUACGACUGUACUGUCGCCUUCACAGUCUCUUUACCCCAGUAAUUAGGGAUAAAGAUUAUCACUUGAGAACCUACAAAUCUGUGGUUAUGGCUAACAAAUUCAUAGAUUGGUUGAUUGCACAGGGGGAUUGCCGGACAAGGGAGGAAGCUAUGAUAUUUGGUGUGGCUCUUUGUGACAAUGGGUUUAUGCAUCAUGUCUUAGAGAAAAGUGAAUUUAAAGAUGAACCACUGCUGUUCCGUUUUUAUGCGGAUGAAGAAAUGGAAGGAUCAAAUAUGAAGCACAGACUCAUGAAACAUGAUCUGAAAGUAGUGGAAAAUGUCAUAGCCAAGUCAUUACUGAUUACAUCUAAUGAAGGCACCUAUGGUUUUGGUUUAGAAGAUAAAAAUAAGGUGCCGAUUAUUAAAGUGGUGGAGAAAGGAUCAAAUGCUGAGAUGGCAGGCUUGGAAGUUGGGAAGAAAAUCUUUGCCAUUAAUGGUGACCUGGUUUUUCUGAGACCCUUCAGUGAAGUGGAUUGCUUCCUGAAAGCGUGUUUAAACAGCAGAAAGCCCCUGCGGGUUCUUGUGAGCACUAAACCACGGGAGACAGUGAAGAUUCCUGACUCUGCAGAUGGGCUUGGAUUCCAAAUCCGGGGCUUUGGCCCAUCAGUUGUCCAUGCUGUUGGGAGAGGAACAGUGGCAGCUGCGGCAGGCCUCCAUCCUGGCCAGUGCAUAAUCAAAGUGAAUGGAAUUAAUGUCAGCAAAGAGACUCAUGCAAGUGUCAUUGCUCAUGUCACAGCCUGCAGGAAGUACAGGCGACCAAUGCAGCAAGAUUCUAUACAGUGGGUUUACAACAGCAUUGAAAGUGCACAGGAGGAUCUUCAGAAAACAAACACUAAACCCUCUGGAGAUGAUGGAGGUGAUGCCUUUGACUGCAAAGUGGAAGAGGUAAUUGACAAAUUUAACACCAUGGCAAUAAUUGAUGGGAAGAAAGAUCAUGUCAGUCUGACUGUUGACAACGUUCACUUGGAGUAUGGAGUGGUUUAUGAGUACGACAGCACAGCUGGAAUAAAGUGCCAUGUCUUGGAAAAAAUGAUUGAACCAAAGGGAUUUUUUAGCUUGACUGCAAAGAUUCUUGAAGCACUGGCAAAAAGUGAUGAACAUUUUGUGCAGAAUUGCAGCAGUCUCAAUUCCUUAAAUGAAGUGAUCCCCACCGAGCUUCAAAGUAAAUUCAGUGUCAUUUGCAGCGAGAAAAUUGAGCAUAUUUACAGAAGAAUCUCUAGUUAUAAAAAGUUUUCAAGAGUAUUAAAAAACAGAGCUUGGCCUACCUUCAAACAAGCUAAGUCAAAGAUUUCACCACUUCACAGCAGUGAUUUCUGUCCAACCAAUUGCCAUAUCAAUGUGAUGGAAGUGUCUUACCCUAAGACCUCAACUUCCCUUGGUAGUGCCUUUGGUGUACAGUUAGACAGCAGAAAACAUUCUUCUCAUGAAAAGGAAAAUAAAAACACUGAUCAAGGUAAACUGAAUCCCAUGAUUUAUGUCCAGCAUACCAUUACUACUAUGGCUGCCCCUUCAGGACAGUCUCUUGGCCAGCAAGAGGGCCAUGGUCUGAGGUACCUCUUAAAAGAAGAAGAUUUAGAAACACAAGAUGUCUAUCAAAAAUUGCUAUUCAAAUUACAAGCUGCACUGAAAGAGGUGGAAACAUGUGUCUGUCAAAUAGAUGACCUUCUUUCUUCAAUAACAUAUUCUCCCAAAUCAGAACGUAAAACACCUGAGCCCUUAAUACCAGCAGACAGUGAUAAUGAAAAGGGUGAAAGGAAUGGGAAAAAAGUCUGUUUCAGUGUGACAGGUGAUGAACAGGAAGAUUCUGGUCAUGAUACCAUCAGUAACAGGGAUUCUUACAGCGAUUGCAACAGCAAUAGGAACUCCAUUGCCUCCUUCACCAGCAUUUGUAGCAGUCAGUGCAGUUCUUAUUUUCACAGUGACGAAAUGGAUUCAGGUGAUGAGCUUCCCAUAAGUGUUCGAAUUUCCCAUGAUAAGCAGGACAAGCUCCAUAGCUGCCUGGAGCAUCUUUUUGGUCAAGUUGAUUCAAUUGUCAGUCUUCUGAAAGGACCAGCUGUGAUGAGGGCCUUUGAACAGACAAAAUACUUUACACCAGGUCGAGGCCUCCAAGAGUUUCAGCAGGAAAUGGAACCAAAGCUUAACUGUCCAAAGAGGCUACGACUCCACAUCAAGCAAGACCCUUGGAACCUUCCCAGCGGUGUCCGGAGCCUUGCCCAGAAUAUCAGAAAAUUUGUUGAAGAGGUGAAGGCACGAAUACUCUUGGCACUUCUUGAGUAUACAGAUAGCGAGAUACAACUGAGGCGAGACAUGGUCUUCUGUCAGAGCCUAGUGGCCACAGUCUGCGCAUUUUCAGAGCAGCUAAUGGUGGCCUUAAAUCAGAUGUUUGACAACAACAAAGAAUAUGAAAUGGAGACGCUGGAGGCCAGCAGGAGGUGGUUGGAACAGAUAGCCAGUGCAGGUCUUCUCCUUCAUUUCCAGUCCCUGCUCUCACCAAACCUGGCUGAUGAGCAAGCCAUGCUAGAAGAUACAUUGGUUGCAUUGUUUGACUUGGAAAAAGUUACUUUUUACUUCAGACAAUCAGAGGCAGAACCCUUAUUUGCGAAUGUACCUAUCACAUACCAAGCAGAAGGAAGCCGGCAAACGCUGAAGGUUUACUUCUACCUUGAUAGUUACCAUUUUGAACAGCUUCCUCAAAGGCUGAAGAAUGGAGGGGGAUUUAAAAUCCAUCCAGUACUUUUUUCACAAGCACUGGAGAGCAUGGAAGGAUACUAUUACAGAGACAAUGUCUCAGUAGAAGAAUUUCAAGCUCAAAUUAAUGCAGCCUCACUAGAAAAAGUCAAGCAGUAUAACCAGAAACUACGGGCAUUCUACCUGGACAAGUCAAACUUGCCUCCAAAUUCAACAUCUAAAGCAGCUUAUAUAGAUAAGCUGAUGAGGCCUCUCAAUUGCUUGGAUGAACUUUACCGACUCAUAGGAUCCUUUAUCCGAUCCAAGCGCACCGCUGCCUGUGCCUACACUGCGUGCAGUGCUUCUGGAGUGGGAUUGCUUUCCGUGUCAUCCGAACUCUGUAGCAGGCUUGGAGCUUGUCACAUCAUUAUGUGCAACAGUGGAGUUCACCGCUGCACUCUGAGUGUUACCCUGGAGCAGGCCAUCAUCCUGGCUCGGAGCCACGGGCUACCUCCUCGCUACAUCAUGCAAGCUACGGACGUCAUGCGCAAGCAGGGUGCGAGAGUACAAAACACAGCCAAGAAUUUAGGAGUGAGGGAUCGAACACCACAGUCUGUGCCAAGAUUAUACAAACUAUGCCAGCCACCACCACCUGUUGGAGAAGAAUGAGGAGAACUGCUCCAGGAAACAAUCCAAUAAUGGCCUUUAGGAUACUGGGACUGUAUGACAAAAAUCCAACUGUGCUAGAGCAGUAUGUCCCGAGGGCUUUGAUAAAUAAAUAAAAAAAAAGAAAACCAACCUUUUACUCAGGAUAAAGAAAGAAAUACCCUAAAUGUUCUCUAUUGGCAUUGAAGAAUGUCUUCCAAAAAACAUUUCUGAAAUCUGUGUACUCCAGCCUUACACUAGUAGAUCAGUAAUCUUCCUUGGGAAUUUUACACUGGAAUCAGAUUAAUUUGAUGUAUCUUGUUCAGCCACAUUACAGGUAUAGCCAGCAGCUUGAAAACAAAUGUCUUUUUCAGAGGGAAUGUCUUCACUUGUACACUAUACAGAAUGCAUUCUUGUAGCAGGAAUAAAAGCCUACGUAAACUAGGCUUGAUAAUGAGCAUGCACUUCAUAUUGGGCCCUUUGCACUUGAUAAAGGUUUUUUCCUAUCGCUGUCCUGAUUUCUCAGAACGUUCAUGUUACUGUUUCAAGGAUAUAAUGUGAGGUUUAAAGAUGGAAAACUCGUCUCAGAACUGUGUUUAAUGGCUGCAGGCAGACUACUGCUAUGAACGUGUGCUUGUAAUCAGUAAGCUCAGCCUUGUCUGAAGCAGUGCAUUGUCACACUGGAAGGAGAACCUAUACCGCAUUAGAAGGAGUACCUAUAUAGCAUGUGAGGUGAAGUUCUGCCCUGUUUUAGUUGCCAUUAUAGUGAAGGAAAAGAAUAAGUCUGACCUUCACCCACUGUUAGGCUGAAUUUCAGACUUUGUCUAGUGGAUGUUUCACAUUUUUACGUCUCUGCAUUUCAGAGUUUUCCAGAUUUGUGUAUAAUCUUCUAUAGCACUACACCAGCAAAUUUACAUAAGGCAGGGAUGAGUCAGUUUUGUUAUGUUUAACUGGAUAUGUCUGUGGUUUAAGUUGAAGCAUAGUUCGAGGUUUUGAUAUUUUAUGCUACCGUUUCCCAUAUUUUGUCAGAAUUGUUUUGUAAAGCAUUUCAAUUCUUUGGUGUGGUAGUUAUAAAUUUAUUUUGAAUUUGUACUACCUGUUUAGAGGUCCCAGGGAAAAUUUAUCUGCAUUUGGCUGUUCUUUUGGCCAAAGAAUUUUCAGAGAAAAUGCCCCAAAAUGAGGUUUGAAAUGUGAACACAUUAGAAGAAAAACUGUAUUCUGAAAUAGCUCUACAUGUAGCAGUAGCUACACAUUCCGUAAGAGCAAGACACAUACUGUAUGAAUAAAAAUUAUUUUUUGUACAACAGAGGUCUAUAGUUAUGCUGUAACAAUCGCACUUCGCAACAUAAUUAUUGCAUAUGGUCUAAUUACUUAUGAAGUCUUCAACAAAUAUAUUAAUCCACAGUUAAAUAAGCGAGAACUCAAAAGGAUCUGUAUUCUUGCAGCGAGAGAGGUUUUUAUACGGGACAUUUAGGGAACUUGUUACUUUUCUCCAAAGGAGGAAUUAGAGCCCCUAGUUUUUUCAGUAUUAUAAAUGUUUUUACACAAACUUUAACUUUGCUAAGAAAAUAAAUAUUUUUAUAUAUCCACAGCUAUAUAUGUUAGCACAUAUAUGUGUGCAUUUCAAUAUGUGUAUAUUUAUGUAGUCAUAUCAGUACUGGUUCUACCUUAAAUAUAGAAUGUUUGCCUUAAACUGUGACAAAGACAUGCAGUAAUGAACACUCCAGUAACAACUUCAACUUUGUCCUUUGAAGUUUACUCUCUUUCACAGUUAUUGGAAGCUAUUGGACCAUAAUCUUUUUAAUUAAAAAAACAUAAUACACAAAACAUUACAUUUUUUGUUCAGCAUGAUCUAAUGCUUGUACAUAGAAGAAAGAGUCAUGUUUUCUAUAGGUGCUGUUCUAGUCAGAAUCUUGUAUUUGAGAUGUGGUUUAUUCAGAGCAGCAGUAUUGGCCGGGGUUAUUCCUGCUCCAGGCAAAACCACCAGUAAUGUUUCAGUUUCUGCUUGUUCAGACAUCAGAAGCACAGAGAAGCCGUAAGUGCCUCAUGCCAAGGGUGUGCCGGUGUCAGCCCAGUUGGGAGCGCCCAUCUUCCUGUGAGGCUUGCCCAUGUGAGGUUGGAUUUGCCAUGAGGGAGGUCAGCUGUCAGCUACAUGGAGCUGCUAAUCCUAUGUAACAGAAAAUAACCUAGAGAACAGAAUCUGUUGCAUACAUAUGCAUUAUUGUAACUAGUCAUCACUUUUUUAUAAAGCAUUGAAAAUUAUAGGACUGCAAAUAUUCCAAAAUAGUCUCCCCUUUAUAAUAUGAUAAUCCCCUAUUUUGUUUUUUUGUGGAAAGCAUGGGACAAAUAGUUAUGAACCAGUCCCUGGACCAGAUUCUUAAGCUCUUGUUUCAUGAGUGUGCAUCAGAAAUCUUGACCUCUUGUUUUUGUAUCUAAUUUUUGGUUCUUUAUUUGUUUUUGCCCCUUCUAGAGACAGUUUUCAAAAUAUUGAGCAUUAGGAGCUUUACUGGUGACCUGUACUGCAAAGUAUCUAUUUAGUAUGUUAUUGAGGAGCUGAGAAACUGAAGUCCUGGUUUUCUAGGAUUACACAUAGUGCAUAAAAAUAUGGUUUCACAGAAUUACACAGAAUCACAGAAUCAGUAAGGUUGGAAAAGACCUCUGAGAUCAUUGAAUCCAACCUACUUGCAGAGGAAAUGGGGCAUAAAUGUCCCAGUGGCUGUCUAAUAAGAGUGCCUGGUUUCUCAAAAUAUUCUUCAAAAGCCCGUAUUUGCUUGAAACAUUGUGCAGCUUUCCAAACUGCUUUUCUUGUCCCUCUGUUUUCAGAGCACACUGCACAUUCUAACACACUGACUUCUAAUAACAUUAUUUGGACCUUUAAUAAGCCCAUUCUUAAAUUAUAAAUUCACAUAUACUCAUUGUUAAAGCUAUUUAUCUUGUUUGGGAUAUGUAUUUGUUCCUUAUACAAGGUGCACUUGCAGAGUAAAAAAAGAAAUCCAUUCUCAUCACAGUAUGUUUAUUCUCUCAUAAAUUUUUAAACUUCAGGUGACAAGAAGAGAUGACCAAGAGUGAUGAUUUACAAGGAGUGUAUCACCUACUGCUUCUUAAAUCUUUGCUUUGACAGAAACAGGUUAUGCAGCCUGUUUUUAUAACAAUGUGCUGUACUGUUUUAGGGAAAGCAUUCUGUAUGUAAUUUCUACUUUUUCUUCCAAGGCAAUUGUAAUUCUUCCAGGAAUAAAUUGAAGGAUCUGGAGGCAUACAUUACCAAAUACUACCAUGAUUCAGUGCUAGUCUGUGGGGGAAGUAUAGAAGAUUUAACAACUGGGAAGAGAGGGUUACAGGCCAAGGAACAGUUGAGUUACCAUAGAGUUCUUGUUUUUUGGACUGGUUUAUAUUUGUUUAUUUUAACGAAGUCAAUAGUAGUCAGAACUUCUACUGGUUUAGAGCCAAAACAAUUAAACUUUACUCAACAAGGAUUUAUAGUAAUCAUAUUCAAUUUCAUUUGUUGGAAUCCUUUAAUGAAAAAAAAAAGAACCAUUUUUAUUGAUCUGCUUUUACCCAGAGAAAUUCACAAGCAAAACAUGUUUUAUUAAUUCAUUGUCAGAUGUAGUGUGUAUAUAUAAAUAUAUAAAUAUGUAUUUAAGACAAUUGCCUGAAUGUGAGUAUACAUAUCAUGGUUAAGCAUGAUGCUCAAAAAAGUACAGUGUCUUUCAUUUAUUUUCAUCAGUAACUGUAGUAUAUAUAUACAUAUCGUUCCAUACUCUUUAUUUUACAGCUCCUUCAUGGAUAUGUCUGCCAGCAUUUUACGCAUAUUUUGCACCAUUUCUGUUUAAUAUUAUGAAAAGAGCUAAUGCAUUGCCUUAAGUAUUUUAUCUCUGUACUUGUUGAUAAAUGCAGGUAGUGCUUUUCUAAUUGUACUCCAACAGUACCCUGGCAUUGAUAAAUUAGAUGUGCAGCAUAUACCUGACUCAGGAUACCUGGAUUUUUCAGCAAUAGGUUUUGAAGUAUAAAAAGAUACUGCACUCAUAUUUUUGUAUGCUGACAAUUGUGUAAGGAUUUUUUUUAUGUACUGUAUAUAUAAAUCAAGUUUUCCUAAAGAAGAUUUAUUAUUUUGAAUGUUUCCCAUUUCCUGCUAGAAGAUGUGGGUUUAUGUUUUUUGUUCUGUAAGUAUAAAUGAACAUGCAGCAUCCACAGUCAUGUAGAUGUUAACACCGUCGAGAAAUUUCUGACUGUCCAGAGGCUAAUGAAGUUUUUUUUUUCUUAUAUUCUUCUCCAAAAAUAACAUCUCCAUGUUAGAAAUCUACUUUAGAAGUAACUACUUCUUCAGUUUAAAGUCUGACUGAGUGUUCAAAGUAGCUGGGACAUUUAUGCAAGCACUUAGCUUUGGACUUUCAGGGGAAUAUCCAUGACAUCUUCUAUGGGUGUGUGGGUCCGAUCUGUAGUACCUUACGCCAGAUUUAAAAGACUAAGCAGCCUUAUUAACUCCUUAACACCCUGUAUAUAGUGUAUGUAUUUGGUUAUACUUGUGUUACACUUUAAAAAUGAACUUAAUUUCUGCAUUGAGUAUUGCACACAUUUUUCAAAUGAAGAAUAUAUUUUGUAACGUCUCAUUAAGCACAAGAGAGCAUUACUGCUUUGAAACAUUGUGUGUAAGUACAGCCAUACACAGAAUGUCUCAGUCAGCUUUUGUUUGAAAACAAUCAAACUAGCAGCUCUGUGGGUAGUUGAGUUUGUUAGAAGUAACCUUUGGAAUUAAAUAACCUUGAAACACGGAUUUAAGUUACGUUUUUCUUACUUGUAAAGUGCCUCUGUAGCAUACUUUGAAUCAGUUGCUAUAUUGAUUAUGGGUAAAACUAAUACUGUGUACUUUUAGAUCUAUGGUUUAUUUUUUUAGUUACAUAGGCAAGACUGGAACAGUAACAAUGUAUUACAAAAAUGCCCGACAGAAAUAAAACCAUUCAUAAUAUGGCCA